CCCCCCCACACACACGUGUGUGGCAAAAGCUGGCUUUCAACGCUGUCCGUAUUGCAUAUAAUCAGACGCAGGGCCUCAGCAAACUCCAGUCCGUUAACAAGUUGCUACAAGUGUUUGGCAGCUGUGCAACAAGAAGAGUUACCCUGAUCCACAUCUGUUUUUGCAACCUCAGCUCCACAAACUCUUGGCUCUGAUGGCUGAGCCUGAGCACGUGUCCGUCACAGUCCAGGUGGGAGAAAAGAGAGGCUGUCCGGAGGAAGAAGGCAAAGACACACCUUCGAAGAAACCCAAAGUUGAGAAGGAUCACAAGAAUGGAGACCCUCCAGUCAAAGUGGAUGAGGAGGAGGAAGGGCCUGAUGGGGAAGCAGUUGAUGGAGAAGAGGAAGGUGAAACCUUUGCAGAUAUGAUGAAGUAUGGCCUCACUGAGCUGGAUGUGGGUAUCCUGAGGUACGUCAGUGACCAUGAGGGCUUCUCAGGAAUCCUGAAAGAAAGAUAUUCAGAUUUCGUGGUGCAUGAGAUCAACAGACAAGGCCAAAUUGUGCAUUUAGAUGACCUCUCCGUCCCUCCAGAGGCUGAGGAAGCCCCAGAGCCUGAGCCGAAACCAGAGGAUUGUGACGUGCUAACAGAAGAGCAGAAGAAGAAGCUUGGCGAGCUGCAGCUCUUCAAAAACAAAGAGGACGCGGUCCCCAUUGAGGUGAUGGAGGAUACUAAAGAGAAGCGGACACUGCUUCACAAAGCCAUCAAGACACAGUUUCCUGGUAUAGAGACAAAGACGGAAGAGAAGGAAGGACGCAAGUUCAUAGUAGCCUACCAUGCUGCUGGGAAGAAAGCUCUAGCAGCUCCAAGGAAACACUUCUGGCCCAAAAACCGUGGCAGUUUCUGCCAUUUUGUCCUCUACAAGGAGAACAAGGACACCAUGGAUGCUAUCAAUGUGCUUUCAAAGUUCCUCAGGCUUAGACCCAACAUGUUUUCCUACAUGGGAACCAAGGACAAGAGAGCCGUCACUGUGCAGGAGAUAGCCGUGCUCAAGAUCACAGCAGAGAGGUUGUCUCACCUCAACAAGUGCCUCAUGAACCUGAAGCUGGGAAACUUCUGCUACAAAAACCAUCCUCUGAAGCUGGGAGAGCUGCAGGGCAACCACUUUACUAUUGUCAUCAGGAACAUCUCAGGCACAGACGAGCAGGUCGAGCAGGCCAUGACGUCCAUCAAGGCGACAGGCUUCAUCAACUACUAUGGGAUGCAGCGCUUUGGCACCACGGCCGUGCCUACACAACAAGUUGGAAAGGCUAUCUUAAGAAAUGACUGGAAUGAGGUGGUGGAUUUAAUUCUGAAGCCCCGUCCUGGAGCGGAGAAAGAGUUCCUGGUGCGCUGCAGAGAGGAGUGGGCAAAGAGUCAGGACCCCGAGGCGGCCCUGAAGAAGCUUCCCAACAAACGCUGCGUGGAGGGUCAGCUGCUGCGAGGCCUGUCCAUGUACGGCAAGAAGAACAUCGUCACUGCUUUUGGGAUGCUCCCUCGUAACAACCGCCUGAUGUACGUCCACAGCUACCAGAGCGUGGUGUGGAACACCAUGGUGAGCCGGAGGAUCGAUGCCUUCGGCCUGAAGGCUGUGGAGGGGGACCUGGUGCUCAAAGGAACCACAGCUCAUGUGCUGUCUGCAGAGGAGGCUGAGACCACCUCCAUCCAUGACACCGUGAUGCCACUUCCUGGGUUCGAUGUCAUCUACCCCACUCAUCAUGUGGGUAAAGGUUACAGAGAGCUGCUCACUGCAGACGGGCUGGACAUCGACAACAUGAGACACAAAGUGAAGGACUAUUCUCUGGCCGGAGCGUACAGACGCAUCAUCAUCAGACCCACUGAUGUCAGCUGGGAGGUGAUUCAGUAUGAUGACCCCAGGAUCUCCCUGGUGCAUAGUGAUUUUGAGAAACUGGAGAAUAAACCCGCUCCUGUUUACAACAAAGAGGGGAAGCAUCGGGCUCUGAGGAUGGAGUUCUCCCUACCUCCAUCAACCUACGCUACCAUGGCCAUCAGAGAAGUCCUCAAGGUGGACACUAGCAUCAAGAAACAGACGCAGCUCAACACCACUUGGUUCAACUGAGGCCAAAACACUCAAACCGGACUGCUGCUGCAAAGCACCGACUACUGUGGCUUCUUACUCUUGUGAGCGUUUUAAGUGAACUGAGAGAGAGAGAGAGAGAUUUGGCUCUAUGUGAAGCCAAACUGUUAUUUCUUUGAAGUACAAAGAGCAACAAUUUACCAUUAUUACAUUUUUUUAAAAGUGUUUCUGUCCUGCAAUGAAUCAGCAUAUUUUGAAAAUGGUUUACUGUAGGUAGACGUUGUGCUUACAGGAUGCUGCUGCACAAACUGCUCAGCUUUGUACAGAAAUAUGAGUUUUUGUUUUUUAACUUUGAGCUGAAUGUGUGAAAUGUAAGAAACUCUUGAAGAGAUACAUUAAAAAUGUUGAGUUUAUAAAAUGAA